UCGCUCGCUCCAACAAACAUCUCCAUCGCAACAGCAAGGCACGUAGCACCAAGGAUCUGCUAUCAACCAGCCGAUCGAUGAUCAUGGCGACGGGCUGCAAGCAGCGCGGCUCCAUCGUCCUCGCCGUCGUCGCGCUCCUCCUCUCCGCCUCCCUCGCCGGCGCCGCCGUCUCCCUCGACGAGUCCUGCUCCACGACGCCGCACCCGGACGUCUGCAGGACCGUCCUGCAGGCCAUCCCCGACAGCAAGGACGCCACCACCCCGCGCGGCCUGGCCGAGGUCGCCAUCCACGCCGCGUCCAACGUCGGCGCCGCGGCGGGCACCUACGCGCGCGCCCAGCUGGACAUCGUCCAGGACAACGACAUGUGGCAGUGCCUGGACGAGUGCGCCGAGGACAUCGAGGAGGCCGUCUCCCACCUCGACGACACGGAGGGCGAGAUCGAAGACGCCAAGUUCAACGACGUGAAGCUCUUCCUCGAAAACGCCAACAGGGACUCGUGGUCCUGCGACGAGAGCUGCAAGUACGCGCCCGAGACGCCCGUCAAGGCCACGCUGCUCGCAAGGAACAAGGAUUUCGAGACCAUUAUGACCAUCACCAACGCGCUUAUCAAGAAGGCCACCGGCGGAGCCGCGCCGGCGCCGGCGCCGGUGCCCUUGUUGCCAUGA